CUGAGCUUGACUCAACUAUUCAUUAAAUCGACAGGCCCUCCGCCCUCUCGAAACCAUUUUUUUUCUCCCGUUUCCUCUCCGUUUACCCACGCAUGCUGGGUCUGGUGACGCCCUCGAUGAGGAGGCACCUCCUCCGCUUCGGAAAGCAAGGACCGCCCGCAGCAACUUGUCGACAGCACUCCUCAUUGAGCGAGCGUCUGCAUCGGAAACUGACUGCGCAUUCAUUGCCCUUCACAUUUGAUUAUAUUCACCCUCAGCAAUCCUUCCUCCUGAAUCGGACAUUGGUCGAUCUCCUUCCCCAGUCAGGCGCGCCGUCGGAGUUUUUCCCUUCCAUCAGAAGCCCAUCCCGCCUGCCUCCUGGCCAUCAUCUUGUCUAUUUCCCUCCCCAGGUCUCUUUGUCCCAGCUAUUGCCGGAUGGCACAGACUUCCUGCAUUCUCCAGGAUAUCCUUUUACCAGGCGAUUAUGGGCUGGCGGUAGUGUCCAGUUCGCAGCUACGGGUGGUUUACUCCUCGAUGGCUGCCGGGCUGUGUGCAUUGAAACAAUUCGAGAUGUACUUGUGAGAGGUCAAACUGGUGAGGAGAAAGUGAUUGUCAGGAUAGAAAGACGAAUUGGUAAAAUUCGAGAGGGAGAAAAUCAUAGCCAGAUUCGUGAUCGAAUCUGGAAAGUGGAGGAGGCUGAUCUAGGCCAUUCUUCAAUAAUUGAGCAUCGGCACCUGAUCUUCAUGCGCGAUAGGACGCCAGAGCAGCUUACCGGUGACAGGGUCAAUUUCCAAAAACCUUCCAGAACCAUAAAAUUCGCCCAGAUUCAUAUGUCUGACCUGGGUUUUGCCAUCAGGGAAAUCAAUUACAAGAAUCUUGCUCCUCUUUUUGUUGGGGAGGAACUAACUAUUUGUGGUAAACCCAAGGCAGGGAGCCAUGGAGUCUGGGACAUGUGGAUUGAGGACAGAGACGGAGGACUAGCCGUGCGGGGCACUGUUCAAGGCAGUCCUUUGACUCUCUCUGCAAUCACAUUUGCACAGUCUGCUUUGAUAUAUGGUGGAUUAUUAAAUGGCUAUUAUUGCCUGUUCGAGUCCCGCCUUGUAUUCAAAUUUCUCCCAGAGAUCUGGAGACUCUUCACCUCAUUCAUGAUCACGCGACCACGCCUUUCCCUAUUCCUGGAUGUUUACUUCAUGUACACUUACGGUAGCUCCCUGGAAACUAGAUCACCUAGGUUGUCCGGUCCAGGUGACUUCUUCGUGUAUACGAUCUUUGUAGCCUCCGUCAUAAUGCUCACUGCAGGCUGUUUGUUGGGAAGCGUAACUUUUACCUCUGCUCUGAUCAUGGCCUUCGUUUACACCUUUUCCCAGGAAAAUCGUGGUAGAAAGGCGACAUUCUUUGUGGUCCAGAUACCGGUGGAAUUUCUGCCUUGGGCGAUGCUUGCAUUCACCUUGGUCACUAUUGGAUGGCCAGCCGUUCUAAGCGAUGGCACGGGCAUAGUCGCUGCCCAUCUGUAUGAUUUCCUUACCCGUAUCUAUCCGGCGUUUGGAGGUGGACAAAACUACCUUGUCACGCCGGCAUUCAUCAGGAAAUUCUUUUCCGAUCUCACGCCCCGUGGCGAUAACCGUGCCUACGGUACUGCUUUUCGGCCAGCAGAUCAGACCCAAGCCGCCGCUUCUGAAAGCUGGACUUCCGCGUUCCAGGGGCCAUGGAAUCGAAGAGGUCCGGGCAGACGACUUGGAAGUGACUGAGACGAGGUCGUAACUACCUUGGAGGGUGCAGAAGCAGAAAAGGGAACAUGCAGCAACGGUAUGCUAGCAGCAGGAGUUAAGAGUACCCUGAAAUACAAGGAGCCGUUCACAAAGGGUUCGCAGUUACUGCGGCUGGGAUUGAUUCCUGAAGAGAAAGAAAGGCGCUCGUCAAGCAGGUCUGGGGCGGCCAAGCGACAAAUAAUCGCUAGCAUGCUACUUAUUCUUUAGCUGUGAGGAUUAGCAGUCGGGAGCGUACUGUACAGCAAUAGAUAAUUUUGUCUUGGAACUCCAUCAGAGACAAUAUUAAUAUUCAU